AUGCCCGUUCUGAAGAAUAUAACCUGCAAUGUCGAGUGGUCGGGUUCUAAUACGCCACUUCGAGAAUACCAGACAUCCUACUCAGAUGGAUAUGUCGAGACCUACAUUGCAGUCCCUCAGCUCUCACCGCCCUUCUCAAUCCAUCUUCAAUCGAAUGGCUACAUAUCUCCAGGCCUCGCAAUGUUUGUCUACAUGGAUGGUGUCUACCAAUGUAACCGCAAUCGCAGCAAUUUAAAGGUUCCCUUUGAAGGGUCUAGCAAAACCAAAACUGAUGUCGAUUUCAGGGUAAGACAAAAGGAAGAGGGAACCAUGGACGGAACCUUUCGAGGGAAGCAAUGGCAAUUUGCAAGGGUGAACGUUGGUGAGCAAACAGCCUCACAUGGCAACAGUCAAGCGAUGACCGCAGUGCCUUUUCAAGGCGAAUACGUUGGUACAAUUGAGGUUGUCGUGCUACGGUGCUAUCCUUUAAGUGAGGUCAUCGUCGACGAAAGGGAUGAGCCGAUACUUCUGGGGGCAAUGUUCGAUGGCGCAAGUGAUGCACAGACCGUGCCUUUCUCACUUGACGGGGCUUCUGGCAUUUCCGCUUCGCCGCCAGACAAACAACGACACCACAAGAAAUCUAAGCCAGAGAAGAUUGAAAUCCAUAACUCCAAUGUCCACAUAUACCAUGCGGCUUCUAAAAGCCACAAAAGAUCGCAAUCUUCGCAUAUCAACCAGCCGAAAACUCACCACUACACAUCCUCUGACUAUGAAUCAUCAGGUCGAGUCUCGCCAAGGGAACAGAUUGCUGAGAUCCUAUCAAAGCAAGGCGGCUCCUCCUACAAUCGACCAUACUUAGGAUCCAGUCUAUCCCGUGUCAUGCAGAUACGAGGAGGGGCAGCUGGGAGCUAUACUGCGGGCGAUGAUGAUUGGGGUGCCCAGAAAGCCGAAAAUCCGGCAGGAAAUAAUAGCGGAUGGAACACAGACAAAGGUAUUAUCACUGGUAAAUAUGAUGUAGCCCAGAAUGCUGAACAGUGCGUGAUAGGAUGGAACGCAGCAGAGUCAUCUUCAGGACCCAAGCCGUGGUCCUCUCCAGGAAAAGGUACCGAUGAGCAAGGGGCAUGGAACGCCGAGAGCGCUGAUCAGGUAACUGGAAAUAAGGCCGACGCUGCUGUAUGGGACCCAGUUGGUAACCCUGCAGAAGAGCGAGACGCCUGGGGCGAAUCCGCCAAGGAGGAUCAAGGGGCGGUAGCUGACAAUCGUGAAGGCCCGACUUGGGAGAAUGAUGGCUCAGCAAAUCAGACAGACCGGAAUAGUGGUGAGCACGACAACAGCUGGGACAAUAACAAAGACACGCAACACAGUAGCAAUGAUUGGAGCAAGACAGGCAACAUAAAUAACCAGUUGCAAGAUACGAACAGAGGAACUACUGGUAGCUCCAAUCCAGGUGUCGAGAAGGAUUCCUGGGGCCAAAGCAACGAUCAAAGCCAUGAACAGACAGGCGGUUGGCCUCAAGCUGGCGAGAUUGUCAAUAACGAGGGCCGGAACAAUGAUCAAGGUAAUGAGUCUUCAAAUGGGCAGAAUUGGAACAGUAAUGGAGGUGACUGGAACAAUGAUAACGGAAGUGGAAAACAGAACGAUAAUGUGCAACCCGGUGGUAACGGUAACAAUACUUCCAACUUCAAUGCAAAUCAUGGACCAAAUGGUAGCAGCCAGAACGCGCCAGAGUUCAAUGAUAGCGAGCCAACGAUCGGAUCAACAGCUCCAGGUAAGAAAGAGCGAUUUGGUAAAGGCAAGUCGCCAACCCCAAAAAGUGCAAUGAAAACUUCAACCUCCCAGGGAAAGCCGAAGCCUGAUUCCUCUAUUCCUACUCCAAACAUGUCAACUUCCAAGAAAAGAGCACCAUCAAACUCAUUCAAACCAACAUUCACGUCAUCUAAGAACCCACCACCUUCGCAAAGGAAGGUAUCGAAUGAAAGUAAACCCUUCAACGUGCCGGGACAGUGGAGUCCUCCAAUGCAGCGUUCACACACCGUAGAUUCGCAAGCUCAACAAGCACCUCCUUCGUUCAUCACUACACCUCCAGCUUCCACACCUGCAGCUACCCAGAAAGCUCCGAAGCCCCAAUCCAAACCCUACUGGAGCAGCUGGCGAGGCAAUCUUCCGCAACCGAUCACCCCUGAUUCAGCCAUCACUCCUCUUGACGACCCGAUCUACACUCUACCCUCUACACUCACCACCUCAAGGUCCCUCACGCACCAAGUUCUUCCCAUGCAGGCCACAGCCUACAGACACAGGCGCGCCAAGCCAAACUACAUGGACACCUACGACGAUCCGUACGCCGUCUUCGUGUUCAAAUACCGGGAUACUGCGGUGAUCGAAAGCAUGCUCGGUAUGCAGAUCACAGAUCCUGUAGGUGAAAAGGCAAGGCUUGCGAGUCUAAGCAAGGAGGAGCUUGUUGAGGAGCUUCUGAAGGCGAAGGGGGCGGCAUCUAUGACGAAUGUAACGCCCUCUACGCCAGCGCCAGCGCCAACGCCACCAAUGCCAAUGCCAAUGCAACCGGCCACGACGGCCUGGCAACCUACAGGUGGUUGGGCUGUUUCAGAUCAAGGUGUUGCGGCGCCGGUUGCGGUCGAGAACAGGGUGCAGAAUGACAAUUGGGGCAAGAAUCCAAAGGGUGCGGGACCAUGGACGCAGCCCAUGACGAAAGGAUACGCUGGUGUUGACGUUGGUGGAGGCAGCAGUGGAGGCGGUGGGCAGGAAGGCCAGAGCGGGAAUAACGAUAACGGUGGAAACGAGGCCGGAUGGAGCAAUGACGACAAUAAAGGCGAUGAGGGAGAAGCUGGUGGGAACGAUGGCGACAGUGGCGGCGGUGGCGGCGGUCAAGACUGGGGGAAUGGGAACGCGGGAGGAAGUGAUGAAGGGAAAGGUGGAGAUGAUCAGCAGAAAGGUAGUGGUGGCGGAGGAGAACAGGGAGGUGGAAGUUGGGAACAGACCGAUGGCGACAAUGGCGGAGGUGGCGGGUGGGAUGGGGGUAAUAAGACUGCAAAAGAGGGAGACUGGUGA